AUGACCUAUGCCCAGAUCCAGAUCAUCUCCUUGAGCGGAGAGCGAAUUGCGCGAUUCAGAGCCGACCCGACCCUGACUGUGCAAGCAAUCUAUCGGGAUCUGCAGCGUCGGCUGGGACUUCAGAUCUACCGCCAAGCCCUCCUGUACCACAACGAGGUCUUGGACUCUGGCGUUUAUCUGUCCGAGCUUGGAGACGGUGGUGAGAUUGAGCUGACACUGAUUGUGCAGAACGUCUCUUUGGUAGUGACGUCCUCCUCGGACUACACUGCAAAGGUUUGGAAUUGGCUCAACGGGGAAUGUGUGCAAACACUCACAGGCCAUGUCAGUGACGUCCACAAAGUGGGAUUCUCACCAGACGGGACCUGGGUUGUGACAGCUUCCUUCGACUCGACAGCUCGAAUCUGGAAGCUGUCCAGUGGAGAGUGUACGCAGAUCCUGAGGGGCCACACCAGCGACCUCAACUCCAUUGUCUUCUCGCCGGACAGCCGGACUUUGGUUACAGCCUCCGAUGAUCACACGGCCAAGCUUUGGGAUGUCGCGCAUGGCGACUGCAUCAAGGUCUUGCUGGGCCACACGGCAGUCGUCAACUCUGCGUUGUUCUCAUGGGACGGCUCUUUAGUGGUCACGGGCUCCUUCGACGGAGAUGCGAGGAUCUGGAGUGCAGUGGACGGGGAGUGUCUUCGAAUCCUUUCGAGUAAAGGCAUGCCACUUGAGUUCGCCGUGUUCUCCCCGGAUGCAGCCUUCGUCGUUACCGUUGCCCGUGAUGGACUGGUGAGAUCAUGGUGUUCAGCAGAAGGUGAGUGUGCACAAACCCUUGUGGACGAGGGCCACUUGGUGAACUGUGCGGCAUACUCCCCUGACGGCGCCUUUGUGCUGGCGGCGUUCCUGGACUGUGCUGCCCGUCUCUGGAGCUUGCACCGCGGCGAGCGCAUCCACAUACUUCGGGGCCACAAGAACCUGAUCCGGUGUGCAUCCUUCUCCGCGGACGCUGCGCUGGUGGUUACAGGCUCCUUCGACGGAGUUGCGAAGAUAUGGAGCGUCCUGCGAGGUCAGUGCCUUCAGACGCUUGCUGGCCAUGAGGGCCUCAUCACCAGCGUGGCCUUCUCAGAGGACUGCGCGCAGGUGCUGACGUCCUCGCAAGACUGCGCAGCCCGAGUCUGGAAUGUCAGGGACGGUAAGUGCAUACAGGUGCUCAAGGGGCAUCAGGCAUGCGUGCACUCUGCAGUGUUCUCCGCGGGCUAA